AUGUUAAAAAAUAGACCGAUUCUUUGUACUGAGGAGCCUCUUGAUGAAGAUCAAAUAUUUAUAUAGUCAUAUCAGGUUGAAUAGGAAGUUCCAAAUGUUAGUGUAAGUAUAAGUGAAGUAAGUCAAAGUCAAGAAGAUUCAAAGAAAGUUUUUGAAAUACCUUAAGUAUUGAUUGAACAUCAUGAAUAAGAAAAAUUAAAGGAAGAAGAAUUUAGAAGGAAAUCAGAACCAAAAAAAGGUUUUGCAAAAUUAGUUUAACUUUUACAUAUAAGAUAAUUUAUCCAUUAAAUUCUUGCCAAAAGAAGAUUGAUAUCUAAAAUUACCAAAUAUCAUUUAUAAGUGAUUAAUGAUAAAGCAUCUUCUCUAGAUGAUGUUGGUUUUAGAAAAUAUGGAAUAACAAUAAAACCAUUAAUUUAAAGUUUACAAGAAAAUACCUAAGCUCAUUUAGGGAAUCAACAGUAAAAAUUAAAGUAAUAAUAAUUUUAGAAGAAAGUAGUUGCUUAUGUAGAGAACAAAAAUAUUUAUAGGAAGUUAAAUGUAAAGAUUUUAUGGUCUAAUAUAAAAAAUUCCAUUAAUUAAACCAGAUUCAAAGAUGAAAGUAGUUUGGGACAGUAUUCUAUUUAUUUGCAGAUUUUAUUUGCUUUUUACAAUUCCAAUAGAUUUAGCUUGGCCAUCUAUAUAAUUAUUAUUUUAUACUUUAGAAGUUCCAACAGUAAUAUGUAUAACACUUUUGAUAAUGGAUUUUUUUGUUUGUUUAUUCUAAUCAUAUUAUCAUCAAGGAUAAUUGGUAACAGAUAGAAUGAGUAUAUUAAAACAUUAGAUAGGUAAAGCAUAUGGCUUUGAAAUGAUAGCAAAUAUUCUACUAAUAAUAUUUUAUAAUAUCUCUAAUCAAUAUGAUUAUGGAUUUAAUGUAUUUGAAAAUCCUUAUUAUAUAUUUCUAUUUCUAUAAUUUGUUCAAUAUAAGAAUAUUUCAUAAUUAAGAUAACAAUUAGAAGAUGCAUUAAAUUUGUCAAGAGAAGCUGCAUCUUUAGUGGAACUUUCAAAACUAUUUGUUUUAUUGUUUUUUGUUAUACAUGUAUUUGCAUGCUUAUGGUUUUGGGUUGGACUUUAUAGUGAAACAUAUUUAGGUAUUAGUUGGUUAGAGGCAAAAUCUGUUUUAGAUAAAUCUUUUGCUGAUCAAUAUUUAUAUUCAUUUUAUUAUUCUACUGUAACUAUGUUUACAGUAGGUUAUGGUGAUAUAACACCAUAGACUAAUCCUGAAAUGAUAGUUUCAGUUAUAUUUAUGUCUGUUUGUAGUGUAUAAUUAUCUUAUAGUGUAAGCACUGUGAGUUCUAUUAUUGAAUAAAUAAGUGGAUUCAAGGAAGAGAAAAAAAGAAAGUUUAAUAUAAUCAAUAAUUAUAUGUAAUCAAAAAAUAUAAGUUAUGAAUUGUAAUUUUAGAUAAGAGAAUAUUUAAAUUAUUUUUGGACUAUGAAAAGAAAUGAAGAAUCAAAUGAAGAAAAAGAAAUUAUUGAAGAAUUGUCUAGUAGAUUAAAAUAAAGAUUGAUUUUUGAAGCUAAUUCAAGAAUUCUAUAUAAUAGUCCUUUUUUUAAGGAGAAUUUUUCAUUAAAUUUUAAAAAAGAUUUAGUAAGUAAAAUCACUUCAAUUACUAUUGCUCCAGAAAAUGUUCUAGAUUACACUAAAUAAUCAUAAGAUGAACAUAGUUUAUCAAUAUUUUUUAUAGAAUAAGGUUAGAUAGAGGUUUUUAUAGAAAAUGAAUAAUUAAGUGAAUUAUCAAGAGUUUAUAAAUUAAAAGAAGGAGAGAGUUUUGGAUUCUUAAGUUUUAUUACAGGUAAUCCUAGUGUUGAAAAAUAUAAGACUAUAGGAUUUACUAAAUUGUUAAUAAUAACAAGGAAAGAUUUUUUAGAUGUAAUAAAAGAUUAUCCUGACGAUUAUGAAAUAUUCUAUAGUUUUUUUGAAGAAUUGACAUUUAAUUCUGAAAGUGAAUUACUUACUAUGGAAUGUUUCUCUUGUAAAUCAAAAACUCAUAAAGCAGUUUCAUGUCCUCUCCUUCAUUUUAAACCUGAUCGAGAGAAGGUUAUUAAAUCAGCUUAAUUUAGUUGGGAAUAAUAAAGGGAUAAUAAAAUAAAACGAAAGGAUAUUUGCUAUAUUAAGGCUAUUUUGGGUUAAAGUAUUUUAAAUGAUGUAGCUAAACAAGUCUAAUCAGAUAAUCAGCAAUUAACAUAUUUAUAUGAAGAAUUUGAUGAAGAAAAAUCAGUAACUCCAAAAGUCUAAUUUAUUGAAAAUUCAGAUGAAAAAUCAAAUUUAAAGAACAAUAAUAAUAAUAAUGAUUAAAAUAUAUAAGUAUUUGAUUUUAAGGAAGAAUCAUUCAAACCUCAAAAUAAAUAGAAAAAAUAAUUAUUAAGAAAAAAGUAGACAUUAUAAGAUAUAGGUGAUAUUAUGUAAUAUAAUAAAAAAUAGAAGGAAGCAAAGGAGAAAUUUAGAUCUAUUGUUAAGAAGGUUAAUCUUAUGAAUGAUUUUGUUGAAAAGCAAGUUGAAGAUUCUUAAUAAAAAUUGAAAUCUUAAUAUAGAGAGUAUUUGAAAAUUAUAUAAUAUCGAAAAAGUAGGAUAUAACAUGUACGAAAUAUAUACUCGAAUAAGACUAUUCAUGAAUUGGAAUUUUUUGAACUCAAACUAAAAAUGCUCUUAUCAAAAGAAUUUGAUAUACAUUUAGAUGUAUAGAAAUCCUAUAAAUAUUUUAAACCUAAAGAAAAUUUAUAUUAGGUUUUAAGUAGAACAAAAAUAUCAAUGUUAUCAAAUACUAAUGAGAUGCAAAUAUUUUUGUAGUAAAAAUCUUAGCAAUUAAUUAAGUAUCUAUUUUAUCCAUAUUUAUACAUCCAAAAAUAUGUAUUUAAAUAUAGGUAGUCAGAUAAUUUGGGAGAGACAAAGAAAAAAUAAUUAUUUAAAAGAAACAAUAGAAUAUCUCUAGCAUUCAUUAUGUAAUAGCAUUCGUCAAUUAGAAAACCUUGA